AUGACAGGUAUAAAGAGUAACCGAGAGCUGUACCAGGAGUACACAGCCAUGGCCCCCAAGCUGCUGGCCAAGAUCUCCAGGAUGCUUAUCCUGUGCAGAAGUACAGGCGUUCCCAUCCCGAAGGGCAUCAGAAACAUCUUUGAGUUCACCUGGGAGGAGCUUAUCAAUGACUCUACAUUGCCUGUGGCAUCCACCGUCCUGGGUCUGGAGAUUAGCAUUGGGCCUCCGCCACUGCUCAUCACAGAAGUGCAGACCCCCGUGCAGACACCCACCCGGAAGAAAACCCUGCAUGCUGCAUCAUUGCCCAGGAUGCUGUUGCCAGCUUCAGCACCCGCCAAAUUGGCUACCAGCCACCACCAUUCGGGACCACCGAGCCCAGAUACUCUGCACCAGUUCCAGCGGCACUCUGUCCACCUGUUGGCUGAGCUGCUCAGCCUGAAGAUGAAGGCCAUGCUGGAGUCCAUGUCUGGUUCCAAUCCCAUGGACAUCACAAAGCGCUUUAUGGAGGCCAGUCAACUUCUCCACGUCAAUGCCAAGGAGAUGGCUUUCCAACACCUCGUCAGUAUAGUCAGGAGAAGUGGCUAUGAUAGCAAACAGUUGAGGAAAGAGUCCUUUACAAGCUUCUCUGCCAUGGGAGUGAACUCACCCUACCAGCUGAUCUAUGAGCCUGCCUCUGGCUGUCUGAGCUUUUCCCUCUCAAUUGGAAAAGAAAUCAAGAAGAAAUCAGGUAAAGCAAAAUAUGUAGAAGAUGUGACCACAUCAUCUCCUCAUCGGGGACUCCUCUCUCCUGACUUCAUCGAAGCCAAUGAUCCCUGCCCUGAGGCCCGGGAGAAACUGCAGGCCAUGUGUCGUCUCAUAGAAAGUGAAAGGGCCUCAUGGAAAGCGAGGAAUAUCUCCUACCCCAUGGUCUUACGCAACUACAGAACAAAGCUGUCCUCUCAUUCAACGGCUGUCCCCAAGACGGGGGACACUCAGUCCCAAAGUACCCAUUACCGUUAUUCUACGAUGAGCACCGCCUCCACCCCUCCUGCCCAUGCCCCUGCCCAGGCCCACAUCCAUCAUGCUUUACUUAGUCAUCAUGCCCAGGACGUAAAGCCACCCAAGAAGACCUAUAAAUUCUUUUAUACCCUCUAUGAUGGUUCCUCCUUCGUUUACUAUCCCUCUGGAAACCUUGCCGUGUGUCAGAUUCCUACCUGCUGCAAAGGAAGAGCCAUCACCUUCCUCUUCAAUGACUCCCCCAACUUGUUCCUGGCCCUUUUCACUGCAGAAGGCCAGGGCUGUGUCCACUACAAUCUGAAGACCCGCUCCCCAUUCGUCUUGAUAUUGGAUGAGGAAGGAGGAACCACCAAUGACAGCAAGGGCUAUGUAGUGCACAAAUGGAGCUGGACUGCCAAGACAGAAACUUUACUCUCCCUGGAAUACAAGGUGAAUGAACAUAUGAAGCUGACGGUGCUGGGGCAGGACUCCAUUACUGUCACUUUCACCUGCUGGCAUGAAACUGUGACACUCACGAUCUCAGCCAACAACUGUCCCCACGGGGUACCGCAUGACAAACGGAUGUGUCGCAGGAUAAGCAGCAGUUUGGACAACAAGCAUUUCAGGACCAGUCGUGCCCUGCUGAUCAAGAAGCGCUUCCAGAAGACAGUGUCCCAGUUCACGAACUGCAUCUUGUUGGCAGCAGGACUGUUCACCAUCGAAUAUCCUGUCCGGGAUGAAACAAUUGUCAGCCGAGCAAGGGUGAAAUCUGUGGCCAUUGAGCGGAGCGCUAGACAAAGUCUACACUGCAAAGUAGAAUCUGUGGUGAAGCUACAGCCACCGCACCCCAGUUCCUCUGCUGAAGAGGCCCUGAAUGAUGAAGCAGAGAAUUCCCCCGAGAGCCCCACCCCAAGGAAGAGCCUCCAUACUAGAAGCCUGAUCAAAACCAGAAGCAAGGUCUCAGAAGUGGCCACCCCCACUAAGUGGGUGUCCUCACUGUCCCACUGCCCGCUGGUGCUGCGGAGGAUCCUUCGCAAGGAGGACACCCGGGGAGGCUGCAAGUGCCUGGGGAAGCCGCCACAAGUGUCCGACGUGGAGCUGGAGUGUUUCCUGUCUGUGUCCCGUGACCCCAGCCAGGUGCUGGUCUUUGGGAUCAUCUCAAGCCUGAACCCCAGUACGGCCGAGCUGCAGUGGUUGUUGGAAUCGCUCUACAGUCAACAGCAGCAGGGCCGGGCUUCACCCUGCAUACAGUGCUGGCGUGACCCUUACCGCCUGCUGUUCUAUGAUCUGAAUGGGCCCCUGCAGAUGGACCCUCCCCUGAUGAUGAAAAAGUACUCAGUGGUACAGGGAAUGAUCCUGAUGUUCGCAUCCGGGAAGCUGCUUUAUGGGGGCUGCAUUUUGAAUGGCUAUGGGGUGAGCCGCCAGAACCUGCUGAAACAGAUCUUCCGCACUCGCCAAGAUGGCAAGAUGGGUUACUUCUUGCCCGACGACUAUAAAUUCAACCCUUCGGUCUCCAAUGUGUCCUCAGAUGAUCAUGACACAGCCAAGAGAACGACGCAGUCUGAAGACACCCAGGGGAGCAUGAGCUCGCUGAUCCUGACAGAAAGGCUAGACAAGGAGUACCUGGCUGCCAUGGAGAAAGCAAGGCCGCUGACAUCACCGUCCCCGCCACCAGAAGAAGAUGUAAGUCCCGUCAUCAAAGUCAACAAAAAGAACGCUAAGAAGUGGUCCCUGGUCGGGCAGAAGCAGCCCAUUAAGAAAUGA